AUGUCACAGAGUCCUUUUGGCGACCCUCCUGCAGGCAUAGAUCUCUCUGAGAGUCGCCUGGAGAGAAACAAUGCCGCUGUCAUUACAACCUAUAUCCUUGCAGUCCUUGCGGUUCUGUUUCGCUUCUAUGCCAGAUUCAAAGUACAGCAGGCAAAAAUAGCCGCAGACGACUGGAUGAUCCUCACCUCGCUUUCACUGGGAGUCUCGUUUGCACCAUCAUUGGUAAGUUGGCAUUGCGAUUGUUUGGGACCAAAUCUGACUCUCCUCCGCGUAGGAGGAAAUUAUGGCCUCGGAAAACACGUUUGGGCUGUACCCAUCCUUGACGUGGUGGAAGUGGUUCAGAUCUUAUUCAUAUAUGUGAUCCUCUACGUCGUCAACGUCCCAUCAAUCAAAUUGUCAAUCCUUCUGUUCUAUCGGCGAAUCUUCGGCAUGACCAAGCCGAUGUGGUUCUGCGUUUUUCUCACUAUCGGCUACUUUGUUUCUUGCAUGAUUGCCUUUCUGGUUUGCUGUCGGCCGGUCUCCUACUACUGGACACAAUACGUGGAUCCUAGUGGAGGGAAAUGUGUCUUCAACCUCUUCCCCUUUUACAUAGGCAAUGCUGCGGCGAACGUCACUACGGAUGUGAUCAUCUUGCUUGUUCCCAUUCCUAUAGUGUGGAAACUACAGAUGAAAUCCACCCAAAAGCUGUUGAUCAGCGGAAUUUUCAUGCUAGGCGGGUUUGUUUGCGUCGCAAGCCUCAUCCGGAUAUACUAUAUGACCUUCCUCAAAAACUCGCUCGAUGUCACCUGGGUCAUGGGAGACAUUUUUAUCUGGUCAAGUGUCGAACCCUGCAUUGGUAUUGUGUGCGCUUGUCUCCCAACCUUGCAGCCACUUCUCCGAUACACGAUUGCCCGAAUAUUUGGAACGAGCAGGGAACGAUACAUGGAUAACUCGGAGCCGAUAGCACUAGUCAAGAGAAAGAGUACACGACGGAAGCCGCACAUGCCUCUUGACUGGGAUGAGGCCUUGCUAACGACCAAUGCCGUACAAGUCGAAAUGGGUGAUAUCAGGACAGAUGGGAGCGAGGAUGGCAAAAUCACAGUGAAUACGGAUUUUCGAAUGGGGGAGGAGCAGCGGCAGAAAGAUUCUAUAGUGAUGAGUGCCAGCACUUGA